ACGGAGCUGAAGCCACACCCUCACGAGCUGCAACGCGCGCGUCUGAGGUGUCCUUGGAAACUCCAAGCGCCUCAAGCGCGUCGCAGCCGGUCAGGGGUUUAGACCUAAUGCACAGCGCCCGUGAAAGAGUGAUGGAGGCUGAGGUUCGAGAUCACCAUGAAUGACAAAUACCACAAGGCAGCUCGAGAUGGCUACCUUGACUUGCUUAAAGAAGCGACGCGGAAGGAUCUGAACGCUCCGGAUGAGGAUGGCAUGACACCGACGCUAUGGGCCGCGUACCACGGCAACCUGGACGCGCUGCGGCUGAUCGUCGGGAGAGGGGGGAACCCAGACAAGUGUGACAUAUGGGGAAACACGCCACUCCACCAGGCUGCCUCCAAUGGCCAUCUCAACUGCCUGUCCUUCCUGGUGUCGUUUGGUGCCAAUGUGUGGUGCCUGGACAACGACUACCACACGCCUCUGGACAUGGCUGCCACCAAGAACCACAUGGAUUGCGUACGCUAUCUGGACUCCAUCGCUGCCAAGCAGACAGCCCUCAACCCAAAGCUAGUAAGCAAACUGAAGGACCGGGCUUUCCGUGAUGCUGAACGGCGCAUCAAGGAAUGUGUUAAACUGCAGCAGAAGCACCGCCGGCGCAUGGAGCGUAAAUUUCAUAGAGAGACAACGGAAGCAUCAGUCUCGGAUGCUAUGAGCUUCUCCAGCUACGCCAGCAGCACCCUGAGUCGCAAGUUACACCACUUCAACACUGCCACUAAUGUGCCAUACUCCCAGGCUACUCUCCAUGCCACAGCCAGGGGCAAAACUAAGAUCCAAAAGAAGCUUGAGAAGAAGAAGCAAGGUGAUGGGACAUUCAAGAUUUACGAAGAUGGCAGGAAGAGUGUCCGUUCUUUAUCUGGCCUACAACUAGGCAAUGACGUCAUGUUUCUGAAGCAGGGUACGUACGUCAACCCUAAGGACCGUUCUCGUCGCAACAUACGUGACAUGUUCCCCAGUGACAAUGAGGAUGCCGUCUCACGUGCCAUCAGUGAACCCGACCUGCAUGGUCAAGAUGUGGACUACUCAGAGAUCAGCACAGACUCAGGCCACGACUCUCUCUUCAACCGUCCUGGCCUGGGUACCAUGGUUUUCCGCCGCAACUACGUGAGUGGUGGACUUUUUGGCAUCGGUAGCAGAGAUGAAGGCAGUCUGGCAGGCAGCGAACGGGUCGAUAAUGUGCGCCUGCACAGCCGGAUGCAUCGUGUGCCCAGUCUGGAUGACGACAGCAUUGGAAGCGCCCACAGCCUACAAGAGAGGAAUGUGCAGGAGCUGCCAUGGGAUGAAGUUGAGCUGGGGCUGGAUGACGAUGAUGAGCCUGACACUAGCCCAUUGGAAGUGUUCCUGGCCACACAAAACAUGAACGAGUUCGUUCCUAUCUUCAAAAGAGAAAAGAUUGAUCUUGAGGCCCUGUUGCUGUGCUCCGAUAGUGACCUCAAGAGCAUUCACAUCCCCUUGGGGCCCCGCAAGAAGAUCAUAGACACCUGCCAGCGCCGACUGGAGACCAUUGAGGACCCAGGUUGCAUUGAAGAUACUGAGUUGUGAAGUUCUUCCAUUAAUGUCUGUUUUUACCUCCAAGAAUGUUAAAGUAAGAGUUUACAGAACCAUUGUACCAUGUUUUUUUUUUUUUUUGAAGAUGGCAAAAGUUACUUUGUCAACAUUUUGCCAAUGAAACAGAAGCCUAAACAAGCAGUGUACAAUCCUGCUCCUGAAGGGUCACCUUCCUGCAGAGUCUAGCGCCAAUGUAACUGGUAUGACUCCACCCACCUACAGCGGGAUUCGAAACGGCAUGGGAGGCGGGUGCGCUAACAAGGAAGCUAAAGACCACAGUCUCUAGGAUGCCUCUUGAGGCCAGGGGAGUGAGGUUUACAUGCACAGCUCUUACUAGCUUGCUUCUGUUACACUCACCCCUCUAAAUCUCUCUCCCAUUUGGGUCACGGCACCAAAUGUAACCGGUCUUACUCGACCCACUCAGAGCGGGAUUCAAACCAGUGUUUCUGUCAUGGGAGGCGGGCGCACUAACAAGGACGCUAAAGACCACAGUCUCUAGGGUCAGUUGCUAGUGCGCCUUUUGAGGCCAGGGGAGUGAGGUUUACAUGCACAGCUCUUAACUGGCUUGCUUCUGUUACACCACUACACUUGCCUGGAACUUUCCAGUGAUCCCAAAGACCUCUUUUAGCUAGUUCAGGUGUGUUUAUUAGGGAAAUCUGCCCCCAGGAGCAGCAUUGAACACCCUUGGCCUUGGCCUAAAUCAACUCUAAAUCAGGCAGAAAUCAAAACAACCUGUGAUAUGAAGAAAGAAUCUCUUGUAAUAACUCAAUAAAACUUUUAUAGUAGAGGUUUAUAGUGCACCAAUGUUGAAAUAGCUGGAAGACUAUAUUACCUCUGUAACUGACACAAACAGCGCAAUAUGCAUAAAAAUGGUAAUUAAAUUCAGAUGUAAUGGUUUUCACGUGUCAUGUGGCAAAUGGAGAGCGAAAAUGAGGUCACAUCUCAUUUCACGCACUCCUAGUCAUAUGCUGUGUUCCAGACAGGGUUGGACCUGGGAAUAUCCCAAAUUAAAUGUCCCACUUCAGACCUUAGUGAUGUUGACCACAUGAUGUCGCCAUGACACAAUGAGAGCAUAUCUCGUUUUUGUGUCAAUUAUGGCAAAAACAGAAUAAAAAUAAAAUCGCUUUGAAAACAAAAAGCAAAAAGGAAGGUAUCAUUACAUAAACUUAAUGUCUAAUGUUAAAGUUUAUUUUUACGUUAUGCUCAUUGGAAGGAGGACUUGCCGACAUCUUGGAAGUUACGUCAAGUAACGAUUCUCGCUGAGGUCGGGGUUGAUCGAUGUACACUGAGUUCACACACCGAAUGUCUGACUUUGAGUGCUGUUCCAGACGUUAUUUCCAAGAAGGUGGGAAAAAUCCAAAUUCCGAUCUGUCUGGAAUGCAGCAUUAUAAUAUUUCUGCCCCCAUGGGGCAUAUUUCUCAGUGCCUGCACAUUUCUAUACAAAAUGUCAGUUAAGACAUAACUUGCGUGUAUAAUUUUACAAAUGUUUCAUAAUUCCUUGUUAGACAUGCAAAGAUCAGUAUAUGCUACACAACAUGGUAGUAAUUGUAGCUGUGCUAUUCUUGUUAGUUAUACACAGGGAGAUUUGGAUACAUGAUGUAAGCCAUUACAGCAUUUUCUAGUCAUUGGACAGCUGAAUUGUGAGCUGUAAAUGGUGAAAUGUACAUUAAAUUGAUUUUUGUUGCUGUUGUGGGGACUGUAUGUAGCGUUUGUCUACACCCGCACAUUAUGUUACACGUAAUGUUUACAUGUAUCUGGCCAUAACACGUUUUUUGAAACACGAGUAAUUGGAUGUGUUGUGUGAUGCAUGGUUGAGUUAGCUUACACAGAGAGCCCUUUGUUGAUCCUGGAGCUUUAACUUGCAGAGAGAAGAACUCAUUACCACUGAGACAUUUCGUUUAUCACAACAGAAGUUUUUUUGUUGAACAGAAGUAUAUUGUCAGUAAACAGUAUGGUUCAUGCACAGGUCUGCAGUACAGCACGUACUUUAAAGUCCAUCUUUGAUUGAAUUAUAACAUGUCUUCCUUCAAUAUUUAUUGCUACAAAAAGCAUUUACAGCCAUGUUUUAUAGCGCAUACAUCAAAUUUAUUUAUAAUGACAUUUGCUGGUAUGUAACUAUUAAACCAAUUCAUAAUCUUGCAA